UGUCACCUAUAAGAGUAAGUUUCUUGAUUUUCAUUUGGAAAGUUUUGAAAUGAGAUUAAGUUAAACAAUGAUGUAUUACAGGCUUUUGACAAAUCUUAAAACUACCAUUUCCAUCCAAACAGAAAUCUCAGAAACCUCCUAUGCUGUGUUCUUUACGUUUAAUGUGAUUAACAUCAGUAUGCCAGAGGACCCUGAGUCUAGAGGCAACACCAACCAGCAAGUUCAGGAUAUCAUCAAUAAUGCGCUGAACACUCUUCUGAAUGAACCUGGCAAGAUCGUUUUUGAACCCAAGUCUUCCAAUUUUACGAGCUCUUCAAAUCAGAUUGAUGGCGGGAUGGACUACACCUUCCAGGAUGGAGAUGCCAUACAACCAGUCAGCUUCCUAAAUGAGCUACGUCUGCCAACCACUACAACAGUGCUUCCAGAAACAACAACAGGUUUCACUGUGACCCCUUCAAAUCUCAUACCUGGUUCAGCAGUGGUCACAAGCAAGCUGGUGUUCAACUCCUCAUCUCCAGUCCCCAGUGAAUCUCUGGUCCUCAGUGCAAUCAAAACUCUCCGUAAUUCCAGAGAGUCACAGCUCAAUGAAUCGGUGAAGGUGGUGAAUGUCACUUAUGAGAAAAUUUCAGAAUCUUCCUAUGCAGUCAUUUUUAAGUUUAAUAUGAGUGACAUCAGCAUGCCAAGGGACUCUGGACUCAGAAAUAACAUCUACCUGCAAGUACAGACUACCAUUAAUAAAGCACUGAACACUCUUCUGAAUGAACCUAGCAGUCCAAAUUUACAACCCAAAUCAUCCAUCUUCAAGAGUACAUUAAAUCAGAUUGAGGGCAGUAUGGCGUACAACUUCCAAGAUACAGAUGUCAUAAAACCAGUCAGCUUCCUACAGACACUUAAUUCACUGACAGUCUUAACGACAGCCAGCACUCUGACAACAAGCAUAACUUCUCCACCAACAUUGUUGGGGACGGUUUAUAUAAAUAUUCGAUUGGUGUUUAACACAUUGGGCCAAAUACCAAGUGAAACUAUCAUUCUACAGUUGGUCAAAUCUUUGAUUGGCCCACGUUACAGAACUAAAGAAGUCUCAACACCAACCCAGGAUGCGAGCCUUGUGAAUGUCACCUAUACAAAAAUUAAUGAUAACUCCUAUGCUCUCACAUUUGGAUUUGAAAUCAGCAAUAUAUCCAUGUCUGAGAAACUUGAACUAAGGAAUGAAACUUACACUUUAAUCAAAAGCACUAUAAAUGGAUUGCUUAUCGAAAUCCUAAAGGACCCCUCAGCUUCUCAGUUUGAUCUCCAGCACAUUGAAUUCAACGAUAAUAGCACAGUGAUUCUGGCCAGUGUUCAGUAUGUUUUCUCAGAAAGUGACUUGAACACAAACAGCACCUUUGUCAAGGAAUUAUUCAAAGCUAAUGAAGUCUUAACGACAGCCAGCACUCUGACAACAACUUCUCCACCAAACUUGUAA